GGGUUCGGACAAGCACUCGCAAGUUGCAAAACCCUGAGCAAAGUCUUCACGACCACCACCACCACGAGUAUACCUCUCCAAACCUUUCUUUCAGCCUUGCGGCAAAAAUCGUAGAAUCCUCUCGUAGAAAUCUUGUUUCACUAUUUUGGAAAUUCUCUCUAUCAGUCUCCCUGCUUUGGUGCAUUAGUGAAAUUGUUCUGGGCUUCUUUCUUUUGUGGGUUUUAGUUUAAACUCUUGGGAAAUAUUUUGUGGGUUUUUCUUAUUGAUGGCGUUCAGGGCUUCAAGGAAAUUAUUCCGACAUCUUUUGAACAGAAACGUAAUCUUGGGUCCUCUUGUAAGUGCAAGACAUUGCUCUUCUGCUGCACAAGCUGCUCCUAAAAUCCUUCACUCUCCCAAGAAGGGAAGGUUAUUGACGGGAGCCACAAUAGGCCUAGUUAUAGCUGGAGGAGCUUACGUGAGUACUGUGGAUGAAGCAACUUUCUGUGGCUGGCUAUUCUCAGCAACGAAACUUGUGAAUCCUUUCUUUGCUCUUCUAGAUCCGGAGGUUGCUCACAGACUAGCUGUCUCAGCGGCAGCUCGUGGUUGGGUUCCAAGAGAGAAGAGGCCUGAUCCACCCAAUAUAGGGCUACAAGUUUGGGGAAGGAACUUCUCCAACCCUAUAGGUCUAGCUGCUGGCUUUGAUAAGAAUGCUGAGGCUGUUGAUGGGUUACUUGCUUUAGGCUUUGGCUUUGUAGAGGUUGGCUCUGUUACCCCUGUUCCACAGGAGGGAAAUCCAAAACCUCGCAUCUUUAGAUUGUCUCGGGAAGGUGCUAUCAUCAACCGGUGUGGUUUCAAUAGUGAAGGAAUUGUUGCUGUUGCAAAGCGGUUGGGUGCCCAGCAUGGUAAGAGGAAGUUGGAUGAAACUUCAAGCAGUUCAUCUUCCUCCAUUGAUGAAGUCAAACAUGGAGGCAAAGCUGGACCUGGCAUUCUUGGGGUCAAUCUUGGAAAGAAUAAAACAAGUGAAGAUGCUGCUGCAGAUUAUGUACAAGGGGUUCAUACAUUGUCCCAGUAUGCUGACUACUUGGUGAUUAAUGUUUCAUCACCCAAUACCCCGGGGUUGCGUAUGCUUCAGGGAAGAAAGCAAUUGAAGGACCUUGUAAAGAAGAUUCAAGCUGCUCGUGAUGAAAUGCAAUGGGGAGAGGAGGGCCCACCCCCUUUGCUUGUGAAAAUCGCUCCUGACCUGUCUAAAGAAGACCUUGAAGAUAUUGCAGCCGUUGCUCUUGCUCUCCGCUUGGAUGGAUUGAUAAUAUCAAAUACAACUGUUUCAAGACCAGAUCCUGUAAGUAAAAACCCAGUGGCCGCAGAAGUUGGUGGCUUAAGUGGGAAGGCUCUUUUUAAUCUCUCUACCAGCAUCUUAAAGGAAAUGUACAUUCUAACAAGGGGAAAGAUCCCUUUAAUAGGCUGUGGGGGCAUUAGCAGUGGUGAGGAAGCAUACCAAAAAGUUCGAGCUGGAGCAACUCUUGUUCAGCUUUAUACAGCAUUUGCUUAUGGGGGACCUGCCCUUAUUCCUCAGAUAAAGGCUGAACUGGCCGAGUGCUUGGAAAGGGAUGGUUUUAAGUCCAUCCUUGAAGCAGUUGGUGCAGAUUGCAGAUGACGCCUGUAUAUGUUUGAAGGACCCUGAACUACAAUGAGAUUCCGGAGCUGCAUUUUGUCAUGUCUUGAGUGUUCUAUUCUUAAAUCAAAAUUGUUGGCUAUCUUCUCUUAUUUUUUUCCUCUCCUUUGGGUGGGGUUGGAGAGUUUUUGACUUGGUAUAACAUGAAAAAGUUUUGAGGUAAUCCAGUGGCCAUUCUUUUUUUUUGGGUCUGCAAACUUAGUUUUAAUGGCCUGAAUGUUUAGGGUUUGAAAUUUUAAAUGAAACGUAAAUAGUCUAUACUUGCUUUUACCUACUAUUUACAGAAAUAUUACAUUUUGACAAACCUUGAUUGAA